AUGACAUCAUUUUGCACAGUGCCAUUGCAUUCGCGUGGCUUAGCUAGGGAAGCCGCUUUCUUCAUCUACCAAAGGCCAUCAAAGGCACAGCAAAUUCAAUCCCUGCUCAAUGCCAAAUUGUAUCAAGAUGUCGAAUUACUGAUCAGUCUUAUUCUACCUAUGGUCAAUCAGUGCGGUAAAAAUGAUUCAGUAGCCUCUUCUCAUUACUAUAAAAUUCUAGUAUGGUAUGGUGAUUCAUUGUAUGAAGGACGACAGUACAAGAAGGCAGAGGAUAUCUUCCAGAAAGCUUUAUUGCUACGAAAGAAUCUGAAUAAAGCUAAAGUCAAGAGUUUAACAAGUGAAUUAUUACUAUCUGAAGUGGAAUUAAAAUAUAAAUUAUAUGAAUGUUACAUGAAACUUGGCGAUGCUAGAAAUGCUACUGCUAUGUUAGAAGGAAUUUCCGUUAGGCAGAGGACACCUAAAGUUCUCAUGAGCUUAGCUCAUCUCUAUCAAAUAUCCAAUAUCGAUAAGCAAGCUAUUGCCUGCUAUAAAGAGAUUUUACGAAAAUGUCCUCUAGCAUUGGGUGCGGUCCACGGAUUGUUACAGCUUGGAUGUACACGAGAUGAUAUUGUGAAUAUAAUAUCAGCGGCUGGAAUAUCAUGCCCAUCUUGGCUCAAUGAAUGGAUUAAUGGUCAUUCUCAAAUGGCAUGUAAAGAAUACAAAAAAGCGAUUGAAACCCUAUCCAAAUUGGAAUCACAUCAUUUACAUAGCAGCAUCCCUAUUAUGAACAGUAUCGCUAUGGGAUAUUACAGACAAGAAGAUUACAGAAACGCAAAACAUCUUUUUGAGAAGAUUAUAGAAAUGGACCCAUAUUCUGUAAAGGGGUUAGGCAUUUAUGCAAGGAUUUUAGCGAAGGAAAAAAAUGUUAAAAGUUUAUUUAUGCUAUCUAAAAGACUUUUACAAGUCAAUGAAAAUAGCGUCGACACUUGGCUAGUAAUGGCUGAAUACAAUGCUAUCAAGGAUAAUGUACAACGAGCUAUAUAUUUUGCUCAAAAGGCCCAUGUUAUUGAUAGCUCAAAUAUUCAAGCCCUUGUUCUUAAAGGUUUAGUAAACUGUUACUUAGCUGAUAACAAGAUCUCUCUGGCUUCCUCAACAGCUGCUAAAGCUUACACAAAAGUUGGACGAACACCAAGUACAUUGCUAGCGAAGUCAUCAUUCCAGUUAGCAUUAAAUCUUGAUCCAUCGUGCGAACUUGCUGCCUGCUCGUUAGCUAAUAUCUACGCUGAUAAAUUUUCAGACUGUGACAAGGCUAUAAAAUUACUACAGCAAUUUUUAGAAACAACACCAAGCUCAAAAGUACACUUACAAUUGGGUAAUUACUAUUGUGAAACCCACAAGAAACAACAGGCUCUGGACGAAUAUAGAAUUGCUCUAAGUAUGGAUAGUAACUGUUCGGAAGCUCAAGAGGCCAUUGACAAGUUGGAAAAUGAAAGUAGAGAUAUUGAAGAAAGUAGUCUUCACUAUGAAUUGAAUCCAAUUCACCCGCUUCAUUUUGACAUCGAUGAUGAGGACGGUGACGCCAAUACAACAGGAUCAUUAGACGAAAUGGAAUAA